CAACAAAAACAACAUUAAAGCGCCUGUGGUAAGAAGACAACGUAACUCUAAAACAUGGAAGCCGCACAAGCACGUGUUCAAAAUGCUGUCACUGCCAGGAGCGAAGAGUUGGAGAAAGGACAGAUCAGGAGUGUUGAGGCCGAGAUGUACAAAUGUAACCUGAAGUGUGUGGAGAACCAGUCUUACUCGGUGGAGGACAAGGACCACUGUCUGGAACGCUGCUCCUCUAGAAUGAUGCAGAUACAGAAAUAUGUACAGUCUGAAAUGGAGGCCUACCAGAACCGACUACAGCGUUGUGCUAUGGACUGUCAGGACAAAGCCCGGGACAAAAUGCCAGCUUCACCAAAGGACGGAGUGGUGGACAAGAUUCGAGGAGAACUAGAAAAGUGUAUGAUAAAUUGUGCCGACUCCCACGUCGAACUAGUCGGACCAAUGUUUAAACGUAUGGGAAAAUCUAUAGCCAGCAACAAAUACUCCUAACUCUUAUCAUCAGUGUCAUCAAAUCAAUUACGUGUGGUUUUCUAGUUAAGCAUAUGUGUGACUGAGCAGUGUAAAAUAGGACACAGGAUGUUGAUACCAAAGUUUCAUGUUGAUGAAACAGGAUGAAUUAUCGGAUUUACCACUACGAAAGAAUGAAAGAGAAUGAAAUAAAUAUCGUACUUCACAAGGAAACUUAUGUGUUCAUCAGAAAAUUUGCUUCUGAAGUAUAUUUGUGCAUAUUUAUCUGUAAAUUAUGAAAUAUAGAUUUUUUUUCUACUGUAAAACACCAUUAAAUGUUUUCAAAAAAUUAUGUUCCAACCUCAGAUGAAGAGGUGUGUACUAUGAUCACUAAGGGAUUAUGUAACAUUCUUGGGUAUAUACACUUUAAUAAGUUUGUCAUGUCACGGGGUGAAAUCAUUCAAAUGUACUAAAUAAAGUAGACGGCGAUAUACUUGGGAGCAGGCCACCUGUCUAAUUUUGUUACAAAUGCUAUAGUGCGACUACCGGUAACUGAAAUGGAUAUAAUUAAGGAAAAUAUUUCUGUUUUGGCGACAGGUUAUUAGGUGACAACUUCAGUUUUAGAACUUGUAAUUUAAAACUUGUAAUUUAAAUAAUUUAGACAACUUGUGUAACUAUUUUUAUCCAUUAUUCUGAUCAGCAGACACAAAUUCAUUUGCAAAACAUGAUGGGUUUCAGUAAGAGUAUUAGCCUGAAAUUUGCACAAGCCAUGCAUGGUUAAUUCUGUCCACAUCUACUGUUGACAAUGCGACACAAUUGUAUCCUGUUGGCUGGACCUAUGUGUACUGUUGUCAACAUCAUGUAAACAAGUUUCAUUCUAUGGUCAGGUUAUGAAGCUCACAAUUGUUAUUAAGCGGUUGUCCGUGUUUUCGAGUCUUAUGUAAUGAAUAUUGGUCCAUGUGAUGUGGGUACCAAAUAAUUACAAUAAGUUCAUUUCAUUUUCCACGUUUUUUGUGUAUGAACCUUUUUUUGUGUAUGAACCUAUCAAAAUUGGACCAUUAGUAAAAUUUUGUAUCGUAGAGAUUGAUUUACUCAUUUUCUAGAGGAUCAUGAUAUUGUAUUUGUGAUUGUAAAUAUAUCUUGGAGAAAAAUAGAAUAAUUAUAUAUC